CUGGAUGCAACAUUCGCGGCCAAAAUGGAGACAAUUCUCGAGCCAAAAAGGUGUGAGGAGUGUCUGUCAAAACGAAGAUGUGGUGUAAUAUUUGAAUAACGCAUUAGUUAUAGUUGCAGCUCUAGCGUAUCCACCGCACGGGCGCUAGGAAAAUGAGCACAACGGUGGAAAAGGACCCCAAACAGAAGGGCGACAAACCGAAGGAGCUGUUCCCGCUGAACAUCAAAAUCAAGCAGGAGAAAACGACCAGCUACGAAGACUCGAGCAAAUCGGAAACGGUGGACAAACUGUCGAUCGAUGUGAACCUCACCAACAUCUUCUCUACCACCAUCACCAGCAGCAGCGGCGGAGGAGGCGGCGCUGGUAGUGGCAGUGCAGCGUCCGAGAAGGGUUCCGAUACGGUGGACGUGAAGCCGUCGCUAGAACCGCUCAAAUCAUCGAACGAAAUCCUGACGGAGCUGUUCCGUGUGUUCAAUGCGGCCCCACCCGAGAUAGCGAUGAUCGAGGAUGAUUCGAAUGAGGCGACCGAGCUGGAGAAGAAAAAGAAGAAGCACAAACAUAAGAAGAAAAGCAAAAAGCGAAAGGAAAACCUCAGCGACGACGGUGAACAGCAGGAAGGGGAGGAGGGUGACGGAAGGGCGGAUGCGGUGCACGCCGCGGAUCCAACGUCCGACGAAGGUGAACCGACGAGGGUGAAGAAGAAGAAAAUCAAAAAGGAAAAAGACCGUGAACGGAAGCAUAAGCGAAAACGGCACCGUGAGGAGACGCUACUCGUCACGAUCAAGCAGGAACCGGUCGAUGAUUACGAGAAACCGGCUAAAGAUCAUCACCACCACCACGGGAAGCACGGGAAAGAUAAGCGGGAUGAGAAAGAGGAAACCACCGGCAAAGAAAAGGUGGAAAAGGUGGAAGAAACUCGACCGCUGAUGAAGGGUAAGAUACAGAUUAAAAGUCUGAAAAAUAGCUCCAUCUUUAAGGAACUAGCCAAAGGAAGUGGGCCGGAGGCAAAGCAUGAGCCUGAGAGCCAGCGCCAGCGCCACGAGGACGAUCGCGAACGAUCCUCCCAUCGGGGAGAGCGCAGUGAGAUGCGCAAACGGCACCGGUCCGAUUCGGACUUUUCCCUCUCGGACGACGAGAGGAACCGGGGCCAGAAGCGGUACUACGAUUUCUACCAAAAGAAGUACAACUCGUUCUAUGCGAGCUACGAGGAGGAGCACGAGCGGACUAAGCAUGAGCGUAAGCGACACAAAAGAAGUGAAGAGCGGGAUCGCGAUCGUGAUCGCGAUCGGGAUCGGGAUCGUCGGCGUCGGUCAUUGGGUUCACACUCGUCCCGAUCCCGGUCCCGUUCACCGGAACAGUUCGACAAGCAGAAGUUGCUGGAGAUCGCACAGAAGAACGCCAUCAGUAUGAUCAAGAAGGGCACGUUACCGGGUGUACAAAACCUGGACGGAGAUUCAAAGACGAAGCUCAUCUCGAUGGUGCGCACGAGUGGCAAGAGCGUCGAAGAGCUGACCGAGUACUGUAAGAAACUGUCCCACAAAGACAACAGCAACGAUCUGUCGAGCGUGUCGUCGGACGAAAGUGAUCACGAUGCGGACGGCGGCAGCAAAGCGUUUCAUCAUCCGUUUCAGCUCAAGGAGCAGGCUCCGAUUGUGAUGAACAUCCGUAACGCGACCCCUCUGCAGCCCAAAUCGGCCGAAGAGAAGAAGGCGCUGCUGAUGCAGUUCCCGGUUUCGUCCGGCAUUCCCCAUCGCGCCACGGAGAACGAAUGGAUUCCGGUCGAACCAAAGAAACCAGCACCACCGGGGAAGACCGCUGCCACUGGUCCGGUGAACAAACCGAAACUUCCGAAAAACAUCCUGCCACCGUCCGCUAACUUUGUGCCGCAGCAAUCGCAACCGACCGUCACGAUGGAAUACGGCAUACUGACACCCGGACAGGUGCCUGUGGCGACGACGACGACGACGACGACGAUGACGGGCAACGCAACGGUUACUCAACAGAAUGCGGCUUCCUUUGUUGGACAUGUUCCGGCCCUGAAUGUUGGCGUACCUCAACCGGCAUCUGCCGUACUGGGGCCAAUGUUUGAGACUGCUCAGGUCUAUCCAGCGGCACACGUCGCUCCGGUGACGAAUCAACAACAUCCGCAACAACAUCCGGGCCCGAUGUUCGGUAACAGAGCACAACCCGAUCCUUCAUUAGUUCUUCCCGUAGAUACGAGUAUUCCUCCACCGAUCAUACCAACGCCGCUCGUCCUUUCCCGACCUGCUGAUAAUCCGCAUAUGGGACCACGGACGGAUCAUUCACAUGCAGGACCACGGACGGACCAUUUACAACCCUUUCCAUCGGCUCGGUUCGCAGGAGGACCAUCCGGAUCGGCAUCCGGACCAAAUGGGCCAACGAAUGCGAACGUGUUCAAAGCACCAUCGGAGGGACAGCAGCUCGAUGUGGCGCAGAUCGUAAGCCAACGGUUGAAUGCGAUGCGAAAGCUGCAAGAGAAUCCCACCGAUCCCGAUGCCCGCCAGCUGCUCUACAACACACAGAAGGACAUGUCCGUGUGGGCCUCGUCGAAGGUGAUGCCCGGUCAGUUCCUCGGUUCAACGGGCGUUAACUGUCUUAGCCAGCGGGAGCUAGCCGAAGGUUACCAACCGUGGGCGAGGCGUGAUAUGAUGAAACAGUCGGCCCCCGUUACCGGUGGCAUGGGAAUGCAUUUACUGCAGAAGAUGGGUUGGCAGCCUGGCGAAGGGUUGGGUAAGGAGAAGAACGGUUCCUUGCAUCCCCUGCUGCUGGACGUUAAGCUGGACAAACGGGGGCUCGGUGAGGGAGAGGACAAACAUCGCAAUAUGCCGUUCCAGGCACCGCUGUUCUCACGGCGGGGUGACAAUCGGUCCCGGUUUCCACCGAACCAGGUGAAGGUGUGCACCGAGGGUAAGCACCCGGUGUCCAUACUGGGCGAGUACGCGAGCAAGCGCAAGUGGAACGCCCCGAUGUACGAGCUGGUGCACGAGAGUGGGCCAGGCCACGCGAAGAACUUUAUCUUCAAGGUGCUCGUCAACGGGCUCGAGUACCAGCCGGCCAUUUCGAACAACACGAAAAAGGAAGCCAAAGCGACGGCUGCCAAGUUUUGUCUGCAGCAGUUGGGCGUUGCCAUCACUUAGAAAUGUACAACUUAUCAAACUGAUCGGAGUUCCAUCUUGGCCAUCUUGGCCACUACCGAAGCGUUCUCCGUUAGCUCUCCUUUCCUGCGUGAUGAGAUUCAUCUUUCGUAUAAUCUCCCUGGUUGGCAGUACCUUUUGUUUUAUGAAUCAAAGAUUUAUAAUCGUCCAUUGUGUUCGGCAUGUGCUGCAAUCGAACGAAGCGUAGCGGAUCGCAGCAAGCUUCAUGGAUUUGCGUGUAACUGAAAAAUAAUCACUACCGUCGUCGUAGCUAUAAAGUGGAGAAAAAGGCUCAUUUGAAAAUGAAAUGAACAACUAAUAA